AUGGUUGGCCUUGAUGAUUUGCCCGAGCACGUGCUCGCGCAAAUCUUCAACCAUCUUCCCAGCGUACCAGAGCUGGAUUACUUCACGAGGACAAGUCCUCACACAUACCGGUGCCUCAAUGGCCACCUUUACCGGUUCGCGCUCCUGACAGAGUUUCGGGUUGCGCCGAAGUUCCGACUGUUGCCCGUUUGGGCCAUUGAGGAAGGGCGUGUUAGCACUUUUCGCCAAUGUGUGGACGUGGGACUGAGUCCCAGUUGUGUGGUCGAGAGCGGCAAUAUGUCGCUGCUGAUGCUGGCGGUGCGCUUUGCGCAGGUGGAGAUGGCCGACAUCCUGUUGGCGAAAGGGGCCAAUGUGGCCCACACCGAUGCCGACGGAUGGACGGCACUCCACCAUCUCCGCAAUUUGCGGGAGCCGACGGUCGAGGCCGUGCUGGCGGGGUUAUUGGUCGGUAGGGGAGCCGACAUCAACGCGAGAGACAGAUUCGGCUAUAGGCCGGUCGAUUACUGGCAAUUCUGGCAGAAUGCCGACGGGAAGAGAAGUGUGCGGGCGAAGAAGGCGGCUCGCCGAAUUGUCGGCUACGGCGACAACCCGGUCGCGGAGAAUACGUUCUCCAACGACAACAGCGCUAGUGGCGCCAUUGUCGUCAGCGACGACGAGGACAGCAACGAGUCCUCCAACUCCGCCAUCAGCGCCGAGCGCAUGGACGGAGCCGAGAAGACCAUGGUCAACGACCAUGGCAACACUCCCGAGAUUCCGGACGAUCCGGAAGGAGUGCUCGCGGCAGCUACCCAGAAGGGCGAAGCCGCAGAGACUGUCGCUGUAAGCGACAACGGCGACGAUUGGCACGCGGCCAACCGCCGGAGAGGUCCCCCGCCAGAGGAAGAAUUCCCGGGGGGACGGCCGAUGACAGGAGGGCCGGAGAGUUUGGCCUCCUACAACCCGGUGAUCUAG